GAGAUAAUUGUGCUAAUGAUGUUUCUUGUAUUUCCAGGACAAGCGAGAUGUAUGUCGCACGAUCGGUUAAUGGUCAUUCAGCCGAGUCGCUUCCAGUGGCACAAGAUGAAGGAUUACCUCCACUUUUACACUUUGCUUACUGGCAUUCCCGUCGUCAUCACGAUCACCCUGGUUAAUGUGUUCAUCGGCCCUGCCACGCUCCAGGAGAUCCCUGAGGGUUACGUUCCGAGGGAAUGGGAGUACCUUCAGCAUCCGAUUAAGAGAUUCCUCCAGCGCUACAUCUUCCCGUCGCAGCAGCAGGAAUACGAGAAGUUCCUGCACCACAUGUACCACGAGAACCAGCUGAGGAAAGUCAGGAAACUCGAGUAUCAGGUAAACAUGGCGAUGGGCACCCGUCGGGAUUACAGGAGCCAAUACUUCAAGGAGUUCUACGGCUCCAAGUAUCUGUACGCGUACAGAGAGACAAUAGACAAGAGGGUCGCACUUGAGGAGUGAACCUGACUUCAUUCUGCUUGUAAUGAGAGUUUUUGAUUGGGGGAGCACCGUGGGAGCUGGUGGAAAUUAUUCGGACGGGUGUAGAUACGUAGAUCUCGUGCUCUAGGACUUCGGUUAACUGCCUGGUUAAACUUAUGCCGCAGAGUGAACCCUGCGCGGCGAUCUCUGCCGAUAAAUUACGUCGCAUUGUACAGUUACUAUAUAGCUAAUAAAGUCUUGAUUAAAGUUUCCCCUGUGUGAGAGCAUGCGCCGAAA